AAACUAUAAAAAAACAGGCGCGUCGCGCUCACCUGUUACUGACCAUAAAAUCUCGAAUGGGAUUUGAAAUGUGUGCGCGAUGUUUACACGCCGGGAGAACAUGUACGUGACUGCAACAGCAGAGCGCAGUAUCUGCCGUGGUCCGAGAACUGCCAGUUAUCACGCUGGGCGCCGCCCUCUCACGUGCUUCGCUGUUUGAACAGAGCCAGCGGUCUGCAAAGCGAUAUGUGCGAAGCAUUGUGUUAGCGUCGACGCCGCGAGCACGUUGUGACAGGCGAUGACAGCGGUGUCCAUGGACGGCGACUAUCACGAUUCGUCGAUCGAGGAGCUACCGUCGUGCAGCAGCUCCGUCAUAGGCGGCUUCGACGAGAAAUUGAGCCGCUACUUGGAACGCUACAGUCUCGGGUCGUCGAUCAACGUUAGCGGUGGGUGCGACAGCCUAGUGAGUCACGUCGAUCCCUCGGAAACAUGUGUGCGCGACGCUGUUCACGAGGAACUGGCACGCCAGCCACACGCCAUGGAGCGUUACAUGCGGCUCAAGCUGCGACGAUUCUUCAUGAACCCGCUGGAGAAGUGGCGCCACAGAGGUGGCUUCCCUUGGAAACUGACGCUGCAGAUAUUCAAACUAGUUGUGGUGACUGCGCAGGUGAUCUUGUUUGGCGUGGAAAGCGCCACCUUUCAGCGCCAGCAUCGGAACACUUACAUGGCUCUUGAGCACAUUCUGCUAAUGGGUUGGGACACAUCGCGGGAUGUGCUCAUUUAUCCGCCUCCCGCGGGACCGUACGUGGUGGAAACGAAGGACAAGUUCUACCAGCACGUCAGAAACGUAGUGGUUCGGUACAGUAACAUAACGACCGAACCGGUGGGCACUUUCGAGUACGCCUCACCGGACGGUUCUCUGCAGCCGGCCGUCUACUGCGAAACGACGUACAAGGAUGGCCGGGUCUGGCCAUUCAACUCGACGCUUAGUUUUGACAGCGAAACUGUAACCAACUGCACUAACAUUACCUCUCCUACGCCUGGCGGCGACUGGAAAGACUUUGACUUAGUGAAGUUCCUGGGCAGACAAGUCUCCUUCGAUGAACUUAUCAAGGCCAGAAUUUCGUUUUUCCUUAAGGCACUGUACUUGACGAAGACAGACGAGACAAUGUUCUCAGAGUGCUACAAGUACCAUUUGUCCGUCAUUUACGAUAACUCAAAGCACGACGGCGUGAUCGCCAUCCAAAUGCAUCUGACCCCUAACUGUGCCCACUGCCGCAAGAGCGUCGCCAGCAUGGUACCACCUACGGCUUAUACGUUGCGCCAGUGUCUCAAUGUCCUCAUCAUAGUAACUUGCGCUUUCUCGACGCUCUUGUGCGUCCGAUCGCUCUACAGAGGCCACAAACUCAUGCGGAAGACGUCGGCAUAUUUCACCGAGUACUUACGCCGAGAACUGUCGUGGAAGGACAAGAUCGACUUCGUUGACUUUUGGUUUAUCGUGAUCAUCGUGGACGACGUGCUGCUGGUAGCUGGAUCCGCCGUAAAGAUCCGCAUCGAAGAGCGGCUAGUCCCAAGCCUGAUGUACACUGCGUGCUCAUUGCUACUGGGUUGCGGGUGCCUCCUGUGCUGGUGUGGAUUACUCCGUUACGUAGGUUACUUUAAGGUGUACAAUAUCCUCAUCCUCACGCUGAAGAAGUCAGUCCCUAACGUCAUCCGCUUCCUGCUGUGCACUAUGCUUCUGUUUUGCGGCUAUGUCGUCUGCGGAUGGGUUGUCAUUGGCCCGCACCACAUAAAGUUUCGGACGGUGUCCACCGCCGCCGAAUGUCUGUUCUCGAUCAUCAAUGGAGACGAUAUUUUUGCGACGUUCGCCAUGCUUUUCGACGGCAAAGACCUGAUUAUAUGGUACUUCGCGCAGGUCUAUAUGUACAGUUUCGUGAUCUUAUUCGUCUACGUCGUGGUCAGCCUGUUCGUGGCCAUUUUUGUCGACGCUUACGAAACCAUACGUGACGCACAAGCUGGGAACGAUCAACCGAGCGCCAUGUGGGCCUUUAUUGCAGAGUCCAGCGACGAGCCCACUAGCAGUGCAUACCGGUCUGACGACGAGCUUGAAAAGCUGCGGCCAUUGUCCCGCGAGCUAUCUUGAUAGAAAAAGAUGUCUACAUAGUGUAUAUAUACUAUAAUUUAUCGAGGCAAAUAAGAUGCAUGGUAGCAAAUGAUUCUUGCGACAGUCUGCUUGGCAACGGUGAGGGUGCACGCGAACAAUUGGAACAGCCUGUGUUGUGAUGCAGUUGUGUGCUUCAGGAGCAUGUUCAGAAGAUAAGGUUGCCAGCUGUGCCGCAACUUGCGAUUUAUUUUGUGCCUUGCUUUUAGCUUGUGCACCGGCAUGCAAUCACAUGCUCGGUUGAACGAGUUGGCAAAGAAACAUUCUCGGCGGGUGUGUUACAACAGAUAACUAGUGAUAUGAAGUACUGAAAAUUAUGUGUUGAAAUAUGAAGAGCCUUUUAUAAAUGUUAAUUAAACAGUUUGACAAGUGUUUGAUGUGGUGUGUAAUACCAACCAGGUUGCUGUGGAUAGUCACAGUAGCUGUCAGAACCUGGGCUGGUAUAAUGUUGGGGUACCUUUCAGUCGAUUCUUAUCCACUGCUCAUGGCAUGAAAAUACUUGGGAUAAUGAAGGCACAAGGCCAUUCCAACCACUGACUAAGCACGAAAGAGGUAGAGUAAAAUAGGAUAGCUACAUUAUCCCAACCCUGCAUAUUAUUGCCAGGCUGAAGUCACUUUGUAUUAAGCUGGCCCCUCCAACAUGGAGCUACAAUCUAGCCCGAGUAAUUUUAACAAGCUUGCUUUUGAUAAAGCACUCCUGAGGAUCACUACAUGCCAACAAACCUUCACUGUGAUGCAUCACAACUUCAACGCUUCACUAGAUAGGAAAUUUAGGCUAGUUAGUCCUGCAUCAUAGGCGAAUCCUAAUGUACAAGACAAGUAACGAUUUCAGAAACGGGACACCUUGUUUCUGUGGCCAUUCCUUUUCUAAGGCACUGCAAUUCAUGUCACUCCUAAAAUGACCGAUUUGUAUUAUAAUUCACAUCACAGUCAUGGCUUCUAAUGUUAUGGCUUGCUACAUCUGUGUACUCAGCUCUUAAUCAAUUACUGCACAGGGUCACCAACAGCCUGAAAAAAAAGAUGCUAAGCUGCUGGCGAAAAAUAUUCUGGCAAAAAAUUUUCAAUUGCAUGUAAACUUUAUUCGGAUGGCACAAUAUAAAAAAUAACGAAACAGUAGGUACAGCCGUCGUGAACUUCAGGAUGCUUCCCAGCUGCCUCAACACCAAGCCUUGUGCCUUUCUGCACAUUUAGUGCCUUCUCUGUACAGCUAUUAACAAAAUAACCAAAACAAGCCAUAGCUUUCAGCAGAUUGACAUUUCAUCUGAACAUAACACUUCUGAGGACAAUGUCAUCUAUAAUUGACGUCGUUUGCUUCACGUCGCAGCUCUUAUGGAAAGAGCAAGAUAUUCGCGGAAAUUCAUAAAGAUUCAGUGUACACCGGUUAACAUAUUCACCUGUUCACAUGAUUCUUUUACGUCACCUAUUGUCGUCAAGAAAACGUAAGUGCAAGGGCAGAAACGAAAAAUUCAGCUCUUCAGGACUAUGGAAUGUGAACCAAA